AUGGGUUCUAUCUGUGGAACCACUAAUAAAAGAGUCAUUCCAAAAACCAAGAAGGCACACCUGGGAUUGAGAUCUGGCCAGACGAUCUCAUCAUAGUCGGUGUUCUAGCAACAAUUAAACAAGAAAACUUAAGAGAUUAAUCAAAUUCAUAAAUUGGACAUCCAAGAUGAAGAUCUAGUUAAUUGGGAUGAUCCAAUGAAACACUGCACUAAUUUACUUAAGCCAAAAGGUUACAAAGUAGCGAGAAUUCUGAAGACAACAGGUUCAUCAAUUACAGCAGAAGUGUUGGAUGUAACUUAAAUGUAAUUAUUAUAGGGUUUUGGAACAUAAUUAAUAUUUAAACGUUCUCUUUUUGACAACUUUGAUUAUGCCUCUAACAACAUAUCAUAUUUGUAUAACAUGAACAAAGUCAACGCUGAAGGUUUGUUAAGGUUUACUUCAUUAACAAUCAGUUAAUUUGAAUCUACCAAUGUGCAAUUGCGGCCAGAGAAAACUCUCUAUGCAAUAGAUAGAAUGAUACCAAAAUACAAUACCUUGAGCGACUCUCUGGAACAUUUGAAAUUAGAAACUCUAAUGCAAAGUUUACUUAUCUUAGAACAAGUGAGCGAUACAUUAAAUUAACUCCACAAAGAGAAAUUUGCGUAUCGUUUUCUGAGACCAGAAAGCAUCUUAACUAAAGACGGUAAGAAGUUUUUAUUAAGCAAUCCAUCAAUUUAAACUAACAAUAAAGAACAAGUAAUAAAUUCAAGUAUUCUAGAAAAUAAUCAAACACUUCGUUUAAUAAGAAAGUGAUUACUACAUCUAUGAUUGCGUGAUAUUUUCAUUGUUAUUUCUAUUUUUGGUUGAUCAUAAAAUUUACACUUUUGAUUCCCUAAUUGACCUUAGAUUGAAUUAAGACGAAUGGGAAGGGUAAAUAUAUAUAUGCUUAAUCAGUUUAGAUUAAUUGACAACUAUAAGUAAUCAAUCGCAUCUCAAUUUGAAAAUGAUGUUCCUUAAAUGAUUAUGUAAUUGAUUGAGCAAAUGAGUGUUUUUGAUAAAUUUGACAUGCCUAAAAUGAGUGAUAUCAAUCACGCCAUUAAAAGUGUUCGCCAAAAAGGAAUGCAAACAUACUUCAAAAAUGAUUCACUUGGAGCCUAUUUAUAAUACCACAAAGAAAAAACAUUGCCUGAUGCAUCCCCUUGGUUAUACUUCACUAAAGCAAAUCAAAUACAUUUGUACAAUUAUGAAACUAAUAAAUUUCAUUUUUUGAAAGUGUAUAGAAAGAAGCAGCCUUUCAGAAUUGAAUCAGAUGUAGUUUAUCAUCCAAACGAAGAUAAGUUUUUUUUCUUUAGUCAUAAUACAUCUACAUUCUUAUUAAAAGUAUAUGAUGAAUCACAUGACAGGGGUAGCAUCAGUCAGAAGCGAGAAGUUGAAUUGUUUAGAAACAUCAAGAAUGUUAAAUUCGAAGACCCCUAAUUGUUGGUGAUUAAUUUUGCUUUGGAAGAUGAUAUGAAUUAAGAAUAGCCACUAGAAGUAAUUGAGGAUAAGAAGGAAGUUAAAAAAGGCAAUAAGUAGUAGCAAUAGCAAUAGUAGAAUGUCCUAGAUUAAGAACCUAAAUUAUUAUCCAAAAUAAUGGUCAUGAAUCAAUAGUAAUAGGCUGACGAGGCAACUCAAGAGGUUUAUUUUAAUUCUUUUGAAGUGGCAUUUAAUUUGGAAUUAGUAAAAAACGACAAUGAGGAAGAUGUAUACAAUUAUGGUGAUGAUGAAUAUAUAAGCAAAAAGGUUAUCAAGAUCUAUUAGGGACCCAAGAAUUUUCAAUGGCAUAGGAGUUCAUUUCAUUUCUUUGAUCCUCAUAACAAUUAUAUUUAUUGUAUACCUGAUUACAAUAAUGUAUUCUAGAAUGGAAUCAGAUAUUGCUAUUAUGAUAUUUCAAAAAGAAAAGGAAAUUUCAAGGAGGGGUUACUGAGAUUUGCUUGCAGCACAGAUGAAAUAUUCAAGUAAUUUUGUUUACUGAACUUUAAAAUUAAACACAUCGUAUAUUGUAUAGAAGUUCAACAUGGAGUAUUUCUAAUGCAGGCAUCUAAAAACAUUUUUAUUUUGGAUUUUAAUUUUAGGUGUUUUUAUUCUUUGGCUUCUCUCACAUAAUUAUAGAAUUACAAAGAGAACAGCAAAUAGAAUCCAAUUUUGUAUCAGAAUGCUUAUGAAACCAGAAACCAACCUUUUGAAUUGAAGUGCUUGGAUGCUGGAGGACACAACUAUUUAUUUUAGAAUGGAUAUUUGCAUUGUUUGGCCAGAAAGGAGAUAGAGACAGUUCAUUGUGUAUAUAACAUCCUCCCAAAUUAAGCAUGCAUUGAAUUAUUAAAUUGCUAUUCCUUACACACGAAUUAAGACUUAUUGCUCUUCAUACCUAAGACUCUAAGCUUUGUUGUUAAAGCAUAACAAAAACAGGUGGAUGAGAGUGUGUUUAGAAGAUAUUCAAAGGUAUGAUAGUGUAAUUGUUAUCAUUAGCAUGUCAGAUAGUAUGGUGUGAUUAAAGACUUGUAUGCAGAUCAGAACGAAGCUUAUUUGAGUGCAGAGCAUGUAGAAGAAAAACAAAAGUUUUAUUUACAUCAGAUCAAAGUUGAGUCUUUGGUUGAAAUUUCGUAGUUGUUCCAAGCAUUUAACAAGAGGAUACAAUCAGAAAUUCUAUUGACUCCUAUUGAGUAUUUUGCAUGUUCUGAAGAAAGUAAGCAUCUCUUUUAUCUUAGAAAAUUCCUAUCUUAUGUAUUAUGUUAAUGAGGAAAUUUCAACUACCUUGGAUUCUGAAGUUGAAAAUAGAAAACUUUAUAAAAACACAUUUGAAGCUAAAGAGUUAGCAUUGAUUGUAAAAAUUAUCUUUAAGGCUUUAAAAGAAUUGAAAGAUAAUCAUAUGGAACAUGGAAAUUUAUCAACUAAUAGCUUAUGUUUUACUAAAACUGGAAUCAUUAAAAUAUCAGGUUGGUAUGUAGCCAACAGGAAGAACUUCUCCACUGAUAUUGAUGAUGCAGUGAAGGUUUUGUAUUGUCUGGCAACGCUUCAGAGAGUGUAAGACAUUGAUGUUAUGGACUUCUCACAUCCUUUAAUAACACCCUAUGAUGGUCUAAGUGAAUUCUUAAAGUCCACUUACAAACUACCUAAGAAAACACCCUAUGUCAAUAUUUUGAAUUAGGCCAUGAACUUGAGUAAAUAAUUAACAGCAUAGAAUAUUGAUUUCAAUGAAAUGCAAAGUAAGGCUUAGGCCAUUCUAUGGGUUGGUUAUGGUUAAAACUACAUUAUCAUUACUCCUUUAGAAAAUAUGAAGGACCCUAGAUUUAUGAAAGUUUGUCUCUUAAAACCUAAUUAAACUAAUUUUAAGAUAUCCAAACACUGCAUGUUUACUUUUAACUUUGUUGAUGUUAUCUACCUUUCUGGAGCCCUUAAGGAGGAUAUGAAAACGUAACAUCUUUACGAGUGCGCAUACAAUAAACACAAGGAUACAUAGACUGUCACUUUGAAGAGAUUGCCAGACAUUCCAGCUCCCAUCUUGAGUCCAACUUUAUUAUAUGCUGAAGGAAAGAUAUAUGUGAUUGGAGGCUACGAACUUGGAGAUAACCUCAAUAAAUAAAUUACAGAUAAGGUCUUUGUGUACACUAUUAAAACAAAAUAGUGGUAAUAUUAAUAUUCUAAUCAUUCUUAAUAGGAAGCCUUUAAAAAACCUACCCAUCAAUAUCUACGGUGGAACAGCCCUUCAUGAUGAGGACAAAAAUAUGAUAUGCUUAUUUGGUGGUGUUUCUAGCGAGAUUGAUUUGACCUCAGAUAAACUUAUCUAUUUUACUUAUGACAUAUUGAAAGAUAAUUGGGAAUUCAAUGUUGAUUUGUCAUUUAAAUCGCCAUUUGUAAACUCAAGAUUUACAAAGCCUAUUGUUGACAUGGUAAGUCCAAAAUUAUUUGUUUCCUACUAUAAAACUGAGGAAGACUUUUUUGUCGAGGUUUUCGAGCUUGUCAAAGCUGGAGUUACUUUGAAGUUUAAAAUUAAGAAUCCCAUAGCCAAAAAGAAAAAUGAGAAGGAGAACUUGGAAGCCUAUGCCGAAAAAGCGCCUAAAGAUUAUGAAAGAACUUUGCAGGAUGAUUUGUCCAUGGCUGUUUACAAAGAUUCUAUUUAUGUUUUGGAUGAAGAGACGUAGAAUCUCAACAUUUUCAGAAUCAAAGACGUGUUUCAUCCUUAAAUCGAUAUCGUUAAAUGUUAAAUAAGAGAUAGCAAUCCUAUAACAAUCCAUUUAGUUUAAUAGGAAGCUUUAUAAUGA